CGCGCAUAUCUUCAGAAAAAAAAAUUAAAAGAAAAUGGCUUCAAUCGGUGGAAUUGCCGCCGUCGGCAACUUGUGGUUGACCAAUUGUUCGUCUUCCAAGCAGUGUAUUUUUCUCGCAACCCUUAAACCCAGAAACCCAUCAUCAUCAUCUCACACAAGAAUUUUAAUUCGCGACAACCCAGAUUAUUACUAUUCCGUACUCGGGAGAAGAAUCAGUAGCAAAAUAAUUGGCCAUCGUAAUUUAGGAGCCCGUAAUUCAGUUCAAUUGGACGCGGCGUACAUCACAAGCGAGGACGAGGACGAAAUGGGGGAAGGGUUUUUCGAGGCGAUCGAGGAGCUGGAGCGUAUGGCCCGGGAGCCCUCGGACGUGCUCGAAGAAAUGAACGACAAGUUAUCGGCCCGCGAACUCCAGCUAGUGCUCGUUUACUUCGCGCAGGAAGGGAGGGAUUCGUGGUGCGCGUUGGAGGUGUUUGAGUGGCUGAAGAAGGAGAAUAGGGUCGAUAAGGAGACCAUGGAAUUGAUGGUGUCGAUAAUGUGCACGUGGGUGAAGAAGUUGAUCGAGGGGAAGAACGAAGUGGAGGAUGUCGUUGAUCUUUUGGUCGAUAUGGAUUGCGUCGGUUUGAAGACGAGCUUUAGUAUGGUGGAGAAGGUGAUUUCGUUGUACUGGGAGGCGGGGGAGAGAGACGGGACUGUGUUGUUCGUGAAGGAGGUUUUGAGGAGAGGGAUAUCGAUGCGGUUGGAUGGUGACGAGGGGAAAAAGGGUGGGCCCGCCGGUUACCUUGCUUGGAAAAUGAUGGAGGAAGGAAAAUACAGAGACGCUGCCAAAUUAGUGAUUCAUCUCAAAGAGUGCGGAUUAAAGCCAGACGUGUACAGCUACCUAAUCGCAAUGACAGCUGUCGUCAAAGAGCUCAACGAAUUCGCAAAAUCCCUCCGCAAGCUAAAGUCCUUCACAAAAGCCAACCUAGUCGCCCACCUCGACCCAGAAAGCCUCCACCUCGUCCAAGAUUACCAAAACGACCUCCUCUCCGACGGCCUCCAUCUCUCCAACUGCAUCCUCCAGGAGUGGGGCCCGCAGUUCCACGGCAUGGUCCACGAGCGCCUCCUCGCCAUGUACAUCUGCGCCGGGCGAGGCAGCGAGGCGGAGCGGCAGCUGUGGGAGAUGAAGCUAGUUGGGAAAGAAGCCGACGCUGACCUGUACGACAUUGUGCUCGCCAUCUGCGCUUCGCAGGGGGAGACGGGUUCGAUCGGACGGCUGAUGGCGCGCGUGGACUGCGUGGGCGCAUUGCGGAGGAAGAAAACACUUUCGUGGCUUUUGAGGGGUUAUGUCAAGGGGGGCCAUUUCAAGAAAGCUGCCGAGACUCUUGUUAAGAUGCUGGACUUGGGGUUUUUCCCGGAGCUUUUGGACCGGGUUGCGGUUAUGCAGGGGCUGAGUAGGAGGAUUCAGUUGCAGGGGAAUGUUGACACGUAUUUGACGCUUUGUAAGCGUCUUUCGGAUGCGGGUUUGAUCGGCCCUGCUCUUGUUUAUGUUCAUAUGAGGAAACAUAAGCUUUGGGUUAUUAAAAUGCUUUGAGUUUUUUUUUUGAGGAGGGAGCUUAUAUAUUAUAUAUAUAUA